CCUUAUAUUGUUGGCCAAACCGUAUUGCAGCCCUUACUUUACUUUCCGAGUCGAAACUGCUUUGUGAAGUGUCCCCGUUCAGUGGCUUUUUUCUCUGUUGGUCAAAAUCAGCAUCAGUGUGAUAAUUCUCACCAGUGACGUUUUGGUGAUUUGGCGGGAAAUGGGAAUAUGGAUCCUUCCACGUGGCAUUCAAUCCGAACGAAGCAUAGCGGCUGAGGAUUCCGAAAUCAUACAAAUCUUAAGGAAAUUGAUAACCGUUACGAUAUAAAUCAUUAAUACUACAUGGUCACAAUAGCAUAGAAACACAUUUUAAACAGAACAUCUAUCACAGGUCCGCCAAACCUGUACAUGCAGUUUAUUUCCAAUUCAGAUUCCCAAAAGCCCGAUUUCUAAAUGUUAGACACGUACCAAAGACGCUUGUAUACAGCAUGGCAGAGGUCUCAGCAGGAAAAGAUACAACUGGCGGCACGAAAGAAAAUUACCAAACAUACCUGCAAGACAUCCUCGCGGAUCUGGGUAUACAGCUGAGCCCGGGUGGCACGGGGGUCGUGGAGAUCGACCGCUCGACGUCUGACGAUGAGGUUGCUGGGUUGUGUCUCGCCGACUCACCACCAGAGGCUCCGGAAGGCGACAAACCCACCCGGAGGUCAAAUGAGGCGAAGAAGAGGAAGAUAGUCAAGACAGAGUUAAAGGUUUUUGAGACGUCUUGUGACAUCUCGUCUGACGAAGACGCCGUGAAAUCGCCGAUCUCGAGCGAGGAAUCCGCGGAGCAGCCUUCCACGUCGUCCCGGAACCCGAAGGAAAAGAAAAAGAGGAAAGCCUACGAGUUUGAUCAGCCUUUCCAAGAUCCAGAGCAAGAGCGAAGGAGGAUGAAUGCGAUCACGGCCAAGAAGAACAGAGAGAGGAAAAAGAUGGAAAUCGACAGACUGCGCGGCGACGUCCGGAACCUCAGCCACGUGAACCGCCAGUGCAACAAGGCGCUGAAGCGAACGAACGCCGACAUCCAGAAGCACAUCGACCUGCUGGCGUUGUCGGAGCAGCGCAUCGCGUCCCUGAAAGAGAAGUUGGAGCAGAGGGAGAGGGAGCUCCGAGGUCGACGCGAGAGGUUCCUGCUGUUCCGCGGCCACCUCGACAUCAUCGUCAACAGCCUCGACGACGACAACCCGGCCAAGAAGCUGAUCGCUAACCUGUUGAAGACGUUGCAUGCGGAAGCUGAUGCUGUCAGAGAGACGUCUCCCAUCUCUCGAGACAGCGUCGAUGCGGUUUGGCACGAAGAGGCGGACACCAAAAUCACCAUCUAUGCCCAGGCUGCUGACACAACUGGAGGGAACAUUGUUGUACGAGCCUCAGACGCAGAUAUAGCAGUGAUCUUGAUUCAUCAUGUCCAUACAUUCAGUGUCAAACCGUGGAUGGGAUGCAGGCAUGGCUGCCAGGAAUAGCCGCAGAUUCUUUGAUAUUUCAGCAAUAUCAGUGUCACUCGGGAAGGAAUUAUGUGCAGCGCUCCCCGGCUUUCACGCCUUUACUGGCUCGGACGAUACGUCAGCUUUCGUCUGCAAAGGGAAAGUACAUCCAUUUGCAAGAUUGGAGAAGAGCUCAGACACACAGAAGGCAUUCGCUGAGAUGACGAAACUGGACA